AUGCUUUCUGCAAUUAUACGGCAAUCAUCAACUAGAUUGAAGAUCCGAUGUCUAAGCAGCGUCAGGUUUAUGAGUACAGGGCCUUCUAAAGAGUACAUGUCAAAGGUCGGGGAACAGCCUAUACCAGGUGAAUCUUACGAAGCCACGGUGCAAUCUUCCUCACAUUCCAAGGUAUCUGAUCCCCAGGAAGAAGAUAAAAAACAGCUUAUAAAGGUGAUGAAGCGUAGAUCGCUUCGAAUGACUUUCUGGCAGAUGUUUUUAGUGACAUUCAUAGGAUCAUGUGCUUUGAACAUCAUGCGUGAGAAAAAUAGUGACGAAGAAUACAACGAUAAUUAUCAUUUACGAUUCAAGUCGUUUGAUAAGGUGAUCAAAAAGCUUUCUAAAGGAGAUAUUACGAUAGAAGAGAUUGAGGACGAGCUAGCGACGAUCAACGAAAGAUUCGAGUCGGUUUUUCAUCUUCCUGGAUCCUUCUUCGAUGGCCUUAGAGGUUUAGAUAGGAAGAAACUAAAAGAGGUAUACCAUCAAUAUAAAGAUAUUCCUCUUGAAGAGGCUCGAAGUGAUUCUGGUCUGUCGACCGAUUCUCAGAAGCAGUCAGAACAAAUAAACCAUAAGAAGGCAAAGUUGAACACAUUCCUUUGA